AUGAGCCACGGUCGUCACCAAACACCCUAUGCGCUAAGGUUCUUAGUUGUGGGCCUAGUGCUUCUUCUAGGCGCCCUGACCUCAUCCGCCAACGCUGAAACCGAAGUGCAGGAGGCUACGGUGGACCCGGAUGUGGGCAAGUCUGUCGUCGAGAUCGUCCAAGCUCGCGGCUACGCCAUCGAGACGCACAAAGUCACCACCUCGGAUCGAUACGUGCUCACCAUGUACCGACUGCCGAAGACCUACGCCGAGAGCCAAUCCGGCUCUGCUGCCGAUCCCAACAAGCCCGCAGUCCACUUGCAGCACGGUCUGCUGGACAGCAGCUUCACGUUCGUCUCCAACUUCCGCAACCAAAGUCUCGCCUACGUGUUGGCCGACGCCGGCUUCGACGUCUGGCUCGGCAACAACCGCGGCACAACCUGGUCUCGCUCGCACCUGGACUACACCACCGACGACGACGAGUUCUGGGAUUUCACUUGGGAGGACAUGGGUCUCUACGACCUGCCGGCGUUUGUGAAACACAUGCUGGUCACCACUGGUCGCUCGACGGUGAGCUACGUGGGGCAUUCGGAGGGCACCACACAAGCGUUCGUGGGCUUCUCCGAGAACCAGGAAAUCGCACAGAAGGUUGACUACUUUGCUGCACUGGCACCAGUGGCUUGGACGGGUCACGCCACGGCUGAAUUUUUUGUCGCGUUGGCGAAGCUCAAGGUGGACAAGACCUUCCUCAACCUCGGCUUCACCAGCUUCCUACCGCACAACGACCUUCUUACAGUGCUUCUGUCGGACGUCGUUUGCACCAACGUGGCCGAGAUCUGCAACUCGGCAAUCAGUCUCAUCGCCGGACCAUCGGACAACCUGAACGCCACGCGCAUUCCCGUCUACCUCUCGCAGACCCCCGCAGGCACCUCUGUCAAAAACAUGGCCCACUACGCUCAAGGCAUCCGUGACGACACCUUCGCGUCGUACGACUACGGCUGCAGCUGCGUGCGUCUCCUGGGGAUCAACCUCUGCUCGUCGCUCAUUUGCAAGAACAAGGCUGUGUACGGCAGCUUCGACCCGCCCGCCUACCCAGUCGGCAAGAUGGUCUACCCGCGCACGGGCUUCUACAUUGGCGCCACCGACACGUUCGCGACCUCCACCGACAUCGCGCAGAUCCGGUCCGCACUACCCAGCGGCACCAUCGUGCACGAGAAGACCGUCGCAGCCUUCUCGCACCUGGACUUCACCUGGGCUCAGAACGCCAACGAGCUCGUGUACCAGGACCUGCUGUCACAGCUCAAGAAAUACGCCGGCAAGGCGUACAAGUAA